UGUCUACAGUACUGUCAGGUACUGUGUAAGUAUAGUUUUUUUUUUGUAUUGUGUGUGUAUAUGUGUACAAUAAUUCUGUGAGAGUCGUGCAAGUAGCAUCAGUCAUGAUGCAAAAGACAGUAUAGUGCGCUGGCGCUUUUAUCGCAAAAUGAGGGUUCUUCGUCCGUAAAAGAGCUCUGUGUUGGGGUGGCAAAAGUUUUCGCGGUGGUCUCGCGUGUCUCAUUUUUUUGGUGCUUGUUGAAAAAUGUAAUAUGGCGAUGGUCACGACAAAUAUGAGUUGCCACAUUCAAAAACAACUAACCAGGAGUUUAGAGAGAAUCCUGGAGGAAGCUCAUCUCAGUGGUGAAUUGAAAUUGAGCGGUCGCAAACUAAAGGAUUUUCCGAAAAUUGGCAAAACCGGCGCUUCCAAAUAUGAUCUUCAAGACACCGUCAUCGCAGAUCUCUCAAAAAAUCGGUUUUUGGAUAUACCUGAGGAAGUCACGGAAUUCCCAUUUCUUGAGAAGCUACACCUUUAUCACAAUGCCAUAAGAAUAAUACCAGAGACUGUUGUGAAACUUCAGUCAUUAAACUACCUCGACCUCAGCCGUAAUCAACUGACAACACUACCAAGGGAAAUUUGUAGAUUACCAUUGCAAAUUUUAUUGGUAGCUCAUAACCGAUUGAUUUCCCUGCCCGAGGAAUUGGGCAGGAUGCAAGGCUUAGCUGAAUUGGAUGCUGGAUGUAAUGAGAUCACGACAUUGCCUUCGCGAAUGGGUGAUCUUUCUCGACUUAGGUAUCUGGACCUUAGGAGCAAUCUUUUGGUGCAAUUGCCUAUAGAACUUACGUACCUGAAACUGGUGAAGUUAGACAUUAGUUGCAACCGGAUAUCUGUGCUUCCGAAUGAGGUGCGGAAAAUGAAAUGUCUCGUGGAGCUGAAUUUAUCAGACAACCCUUUAACUUCACCACCUGCCUCGUUGUGCAUUCGCGGGCGAAUACAUAUCUUUAAGUACCUGGAGAGACAGGCGGAAAAACACGAGAGAGCCAGAGGCGGUAGAUUAAGAAAAGGACCACUUGAUUCUCGAGGACAUGCAACAUUAGACACAAGAUCACAUAGAAGACACAAUGUUGACAGUGGUUACAGUACAAGUGAUGGUCUUGAUAAGCGCUGGUCGCAAGAAAUUCAUAGUGCGAUUGAUGUCGAGAGUCGAGGAACGUGGCGACAAGAAUGUUCACCGCUUUCUAUAACUCUUCCACAUGAGACGACUGUCAAUGGUAUAUGCAGUGGAAAUUCAACACCCAGUACAAUAUCGCCUGGUGAAAAUGCUUCUUUAGAAGAUGAACUGGGCAAGGCAAUGAUUCUUCAUAAUGAAUUAGAGAAACGAAGACUAGAAAGAAGUACCUCUGAAAAUGGAGGCGAUGGAAGAAGGCCAAUGAUUUCCAAUGUUCAUCAAAACUCUAUUACACCACCUGCUCACUUGGAGAGCACGAUAUUGAAUCAAACACAGUCAAUUGCGACGAUGCAACCCGUACAGUCACUUCAAACAACAAAUCAUUCAGUAUCGCACAUAAAUGGAGACGAAAAAAGGCCACUAAAUCACACACAAACGUAUAGAGAAUACAAAGAGGCUUUAAGGCAACAAAGAGCCAACGAAGGACCUAGUGUCUAUAGGCCUAGAGAGCAAAUUACUCCACCGGGUAAUGACACGAGCAACAACGAAACCGAUUCAACUGGUGAAAUAACAUUAACUGGUAAACAAAUAUUCAACGAAGAAAAUGCCAAUAAACGACCAGUACAAAAAGUAACACCAUCGCGUAUUAAUUAUCAAAAUACACCGAUUAUUAAUGGCAGCAACAACGAAUAUAAUAAAAAUGGAAAACUAUCAGAGCCAGCUUACAAAAAGCCAAGUUCGCCGAUUAAGACUUCCUCAAGUAUACUUUCUAAUAGUUAUAGUCCAGGACAUGUGCCAAGACAUACAAAAAAUGCUGUUGGAUACGUUGAUGGUAACAACACUCCAAAUUCCAAUGGUGGAAGUCCAAAAUCCACGAGGUCCGUCACAUGGAACAGCGAUAUACCUGAAAAAUAUUCAUUUACAAUGCGAAGAGAAUUUGAACGUGCCAAGGAAGAAGCUGAUUUGAUAGAACAACUUAGAAAUCAUAUCGAAACGAGAUUAAAAAUGGCAUUGCCAGAGGAUCUUGCAUCCGCUUUAACUGAUGGUGUUGUUCUUUGCCAUUUGGCAAAUCAUGUUCGUCCUCGCUCAGUUGCUAGUAUUCACGUUCCUUCACCGGCAGUUCCUAAACUUACCAUGGCAAGAUGUAGAAGAAAUGUGGACAAUUUCCUAGAGGCAUGCAGAAAAAUUGGAGUUGAUGAGGAGAUGUUAAUGGACGCGGAUGCAAUCAUGGACGUUGGGUACAUGGACGCGUACGGUCUGGAGGCUCUGGGCCGACUAGUUUCAGCUCUUCUUCUUCUUCUUCACGAAGAAGAGGGCAUCAAGAAACCAGCCACAGAAUUUGGUGUGUUGUGCCAGCGAUGUUUUGGAAGGCGGACGAGGAAUCGUGCGAGUUGCGGUAACAGUUGCGGAACUAUUGAGAUUUCAUCAGACACGAUCACCACUUCACAGUUCACCAUCCGCAAAUUUAAACAAUCACAUACCCGCUUAGUUUAGUUCAUCUCCAAAAACUACCAAAAAAAAAAAAAAACAAAUUUUAACUUUUUCUACGAACAUUUUGAGCAUAAUUUAUAAUAUCGAGACCGAGAUAAAAUGAUAUGCUCCGUAAAAAAGUUAAAUUUAAACUCUCGAUGAAUGUAUCGAGUUAGAAAUAACUAUUUCGAGAAAAAAAAUCAUUGCUCACUUAGUACUUGCUAAUAUUUUUUUUAUAAUUUGAGUAUAUAGAAGUUAAAAAAAAAAGAAAUUUCACCUGCCAUGACAUUAACAUUAAUACACGUUAAUGUGUUGCGUUAUGUAGCUAGGAUUCGCCAAAUGAUUAAGAAAACAAUAUUUUUAAUCAAACUCAACUUUGCAAAUCCAGUUCAUUUUUUCAUAAAAGUCCAAACUUGAGAUGUGUUAAUAUUUAUAUAAAUAAAUCUAGACAGCGGAAAUCAAAUAGAAUAUGUAUAGUUAUAGGCAUUUUUUUUCAAAUAUAACUUCAAUAGUCGAAAAUUAGUGCAUAUAAAAAAAAAUGCAUGCAAAAUGUUUUUUUUUUUGAGAGAGAGAGUGUGAUUGUUGUUUGUAAUGCUAAAAGUCUAGUGAGAUCAUUUAAACGGAAUGUAUUUUUUUUCGUGUAAUUUUCUUCAUCUAUUUAAUUUUUGACAAUAGUGCAAUAUUUGUACAAUAAUUUAUAUAAUUUUUUUUUUGUGAUGAAAAAUUUACUAGUGAAAAAGAUUUUUGUUUUUCUUUUUUUUUUAUAGAAAAAAUGAUCUGACUAAAUUUUUGGUAUAUAUGUGAAUGAGUGUAUUGUCGAUAAGUUAGUUAGAAAAAUCUGAGUCACCAGCAACCGAUAGCAAAGGUUUCACACACGUGUAUAGGUUUUGUGAUUUAUUCAAAACUGAGGCCUAUAAGAGAUUUUUUAUAUUAUAAUAACUGAAGAUAAUUUUUUUUUCUGCAAAUCAAAUGUUUUUGCCUUUACUAAUUGAUUAAAAAAAAAAAAAAUUUGCUUUACUAAAAAAAGCAGCAUUUCAAAGAACAAAAAUUAUAUUAUAAUUAGAAUGAUCAAGGAUAGAGGCGAUCUCAUAUAUUGUGAUGUGUUGAUUUAAAAAAAAGGAAAAAAAAACUUGAUUUCAUUUUUGAAAUCAAACUUUGAAAGCUGAUUCACAGCUUUUAUCAAUAAUCGCUUAAUAUAUUGUGUAUAUUUAUGCCAAAGAUGUACCUUUUUUGUUGAGUCGAGGGCCGUUCAAACUCUUGAUUAAGCAAAAAUAUUUCUUUUCCUAUAUCAGUAUAUAUAUAGUAAAACUGAUGAAAAACUUUUGAUAUCAAUUUUCUUUGUGCGAAAACUUUUAAUUUUUUUUUCAUUCGUUUCUUGAAAACGAUGGUAUAAAGUUCACAAUGUUGAUGAUCAAGAAUUUUUAAAAAAAAAUUUUUUGUAAUGAAUUUUUUGGUAAAAAAAAAUAUUUCUUUUGUUCAUUGAUCAACAAAGUGUAAAAGAAAAUUUCUUAAUAAAAAUUUUUUAUAAUUUUUCGUAUCAAAGAAUAUUUUUUUUUUUUUUUUUUUUUAAUCUUUGAUCAUAAAUAUUUUGAACUUCAACCAUCUCAUUCUUGAAAAUAAUUUUUUCACUUUGAUUUCUGUAAAAAUAGUUUUCACGAAGAAAAAAUGGUUCAAGAGAUUUUUCAUCAGAAAUUCUAGUUUAUUUUGUUAACAUAGAUUCUAGUUGAUUCUAUAGUUUCCGGAACUCUUCGAAAAUUAAGUUUCUGGAAAAAAAUAUUGAAAUUGAAAAAAAAAAAAACGAUUAUACUCAUUGACAGACUUUUAAAUGAUUUAUAUACUAGUUGCAGUUCUAUUAUGAUAAAAGCGGCAUUAGAGUCAAUUUAUAGAAUUAAAUGUAGGUUUCAAAAUGUCAAAAUAAUCUAAUUUAAAAUAUGUGAUUGAAAAAAAAGAGUCUGAAAAUAGUCAGACAGCGCAUGCUUUUUAUACGUUUUCUUAUAUUGCGCGACUUUCUUUCUGCGACAUAUAUAUAUAUAUAUUAUAUAGAUAGUCUUAAAAAAUAAUGUAGGUAUAAAUUAUUAAUUUCAGUUUCGUUAACGAUAUGAUAGUAAAUUACUCGAGCAAAUUUACUAUAAAUCAAAAAAAAGAAAAAAAAAUUAUUGCAUUGUACUUAUCUUACACGCGAGUUGAAUGAAACAUUCACAAUUGGAAUCUAGAUAAAUGUUUUUUAAGACGUUACAUUAUUCGACUGCCAUUAGUUAAUUUUAUGAACAAUAAUGAUUGAACUGAGAUUAUCAAAGUUUUUUUUAAAAAUAUUUCCAAACAGCCAAAGUUUCCUGUCAAUGAAUUUGAAAUUAUUCAAAUUCAUAUAUGUUUCGUUUGAGAAAAAAAAAAUAAUUUCGAAACAUACACAAUGAAUCUACCUUUCAACGACAACUAUAUUGUGCACAAUACCUUAUACAAUUAUAUAUAUAUAUAUUAUAUAUUACUGAAUAUAUCAGUGUAAACAAUAAACCGAUCACCGCUAAAAAGUU